AUGAUUGAUAUCAGAGAUAAAAAGCCCAGGAAGCGAGCUUCGACACCACGGAGUAGAACCGGAUGCAUCACUUGCAAGAUCCGGAGACUCAAGUGCGGCGAGGAGAAACCCGGCUGUGUCCGAUGCCUCAAAUCUGGCUGGCAAUGUGACUAUGACCAACCUGUGGAGUCUCAGUCGCUUUCUUCACGCCCCCCUAAUUCUGGACUCAUUCCUCGCUCUCCGCGCUCUUCUUCUAUAUCUGCAGUAUCCACCGGGUCACGUGCUAUAUCUCCUAUACAGGCUCAGCUCUCUAGUUCCAACCCUUUACUACCGGGCGACCUUGAGCAACACGAACAGCCGUACUUUCAGAGAUUUUUAGACGACGGGGCUACUAAUUUGCACAAUGGAGAUGCAACCUGUUGGAGACGGGUCGCUGUCGAACAAAGCCACGCCUCCCCAUGUAUCCGACAUGCCAUCGUGGCAAUCGGGGCCUUGGGCAUGAGCACAAAGAAAUCUCCGAGCGGCUGUCAUAUAAUGGAUGUGACAGAAUGUGGCCAUCGCCAAUUCGCACUGCAGCAGUACGAAAAGGCAAUCAUUGCACUCCGUAACGCAAUUUCAUCCCUAGACCACCAACAAGGAGAAACUUCCCGAGUUAUCAUCAUAUCCUGCUUAGUAUUAGCAUGCUUUGACAAGUGGAUCGGGAAUGGCGGCUUCGCAGUGCAACAUGUACGAUAUGCACGCACAACUCUCUUUAAAUCUGGCACAGCACUCGAAAUCCCUCCAGCAACCCCGGACUGGAACAAUAUCAAUGAAGUAUUGGGCUGGAUAUUUCUCUGCUUGGACAUGCAAGUACUAAACACCAUGGGCGCCGAUGAGGAUCGUACAUCAGUGGUUAUGGAGCCGCAGACGAUAAACACAAUCCUCCCGCCAAGUUUCACAGAUCUUGACGAAGCACAACAAUAUCUGAAGUUAAUAUUAUGGGACGCCAAUAUCUUUCUCUACCAGGCGUCCAGCAAAUUCAGUCCUUUGGAAACUGUGUCACAAUCUUCAAGGGACCUUCGAGAUCAUCUUAUCGCGCAAAUACACUUUUUCCAUGCCGCACUAGAGCCUCUCCUUGCAGAGGAAUGGUCAGAUCUGCAGUGUCACCCCUUGCAUACAGCUUCGUCAUUGCGGCUGCAUUCUAUGGUCGUCUUAGUCAAAUUGUCUCUCAGCUUGAAUUCGCCGGAGAUGGGUACAGAUACGCUUCAACCAUAUUUCAAGUAUAUACUGUCCUUCUGCCGAGACAUCAUGGAGUUCGAAGCUCAGGCCGACAACACAAUAGGCAAGACCCCCAAAUUCCCCUUCUCAGCCCUGGGUCAUGAGAUCUUCACCAUGGAGGUCCGCAUUGCUGAACCCCUCUUCCUCGUUGCGACAAAAUGCCGCGAUGGCGCCAUCCGGCGCCAGGCAAUUUCUCUCUUACUCUGUUCGCACCGUCGAGAGCUAAUGUGGGACUCUCUGAUCGCGGGGAAUAUAGCCGACUGGGUGAUGGGAAUUGAAGAAGAGGGUAUUGAUGCCAUUGGGUAUAUUCCAGAUACAAAUCGCGUAUGGGGCAUAGCUAUAGAGUUGGAUUUGCACAGGAAGCUAGCACUUGGCAAAUGUCGAGUUGGCAUAAAGAACGUCGGUGAGUAUAGUGAGAGGACAACGGAACUUGCUUGUGAUGGUUUUGGUUGGAGUGGUAUUAGUUAG